AUGCGGCGGCAGUGGACGGACGGUCGCGGGUACCAGCACUUCCGGGGCAGGGGCCGUCCCGCAUCCGCGGUACUGCACUCCCGAGAGGCGCGCAACCGGGCGGCCACCAUCCUCGCCGUCGUCGGCGCCGGCGGGACCGUGGUAUGGGUCAGCAGCCGGGAGGAGGUGCCCUACACGCGCCGCAUGCACGCCAUCCUGAUCAGCCCCCAGGCCGAGAUGGAGCUGGGGCGGCAGACCUUUGAGCAGGUGCUGGCCGAGGCGGCGGUGGCAGGCAGCCUGCUGCCCAAGAACCACCGCGCCACGCAGGCGGUGCAGCGGGUCGGCAUGCGGGUGGCAAAGGCCGCCACCGACGGCUACGGCGGCGGCUUCCAGGGACACCUGCAGGGCCUGCGGUGGGAGUUUGCGGUGGUGGACAGCCCCCAGGUCAACGCCUUUGUGGUGCCGGGGGGCAAGGUCGUGGUGUACACAGGCCUGCUGCGCAUGGUGGGCGGCGAGGACGAGCUGGCGGCGGUGCUGGCGCACGAGGGCGCGCACGUGCUGCCGCUGCACUACACGCAGCCCUUGGCAUGCAGCCUGCCCACCCAUCGCUGUCGCCGCAUCAAGGCGGAGACUGAGGCUGAUGCCAUUGGGCUGCAGAUCAUGUCGCGGGCGUGUUAUGACCCCUCGGCCAUGGUGACCAUGUUUGAGAAGAUGGGGCGCGCGGAGAAGGCGGAAGGCGGCGACCGCAUCCCCGGCUUCCUGCGCACCCACCCCCACUCCUCCGACAGGCGCGUCCCUGGCCCCCUGCCCGCUGCCUGGUGCCGGCCGGGCGGGGUCAAGGCCAUCCGCCAGAUGCUGCCCACCGCGCAGGGGCUGUACGAGAUGAGCGGCUGCGACGAGGCGCGCAGCCCGCUGGCGCAGUUCCGCCGCGUGGUGGCAGACUGGCCCUAG